AUGACUAACGAAGUUCAAAGUGUUAACAAUUUACCAAUAUCUACAAAAUCCAAACAAGAACUACUACGUAAAUCUAAAUCUACUCCUAAACUAAGAGGUUUCAGUUCUCCUGCUACAAGCUCAUCGACUUUACCCACUAUCAACACCAAGAAGAAACAAAAGAGGAAACAAUCUACUAAAAGUUCUACCACGACUAAUGGAAGCAUACCGGGAUUUUUCCGGAAAUUAUCUACUGAAUGGAGUUCAUUUUUAUCCAAAUUAAAAUCUAUAUCUGACGACGUAUUAACCACAGACGAUAUAGCUGAAGAGUUUUUUAUUGAAGAAGAUAGUGACGAUACUGGAUUUGAUAAAUUAAUGAGAUCCCAUAGAGGCUAUAAUUCAACAGAAGAAAAAUUUUUACAAGAAUAUAAAAAAUAUAAAUCUUUGGACACCAUGGCAGCAGCUUACCAAAAGAAUCAUCAUCAUCAUCACAACAAACCCAACAAUAGUGGAUAUUCCAACGAGAUUAAGACUUGUAAUAGUCACGUAUCGGAACCAACAAACAUGUCAUCUAAUUUUACUGGUUCUUCAAACAAGGUUCAUUAUACUUUACAAGAUGUUAUGCGUCAACAACAACUGCUGCUGCAACAGCAACAGCAACAGCAACAACGACCAUUUUCAGAUGCUCUUCUACCGAAUGGAGAUGAAUUUGAAAUACUAGAGGAAGAUGAUGAAGAUGGUGAAUCCACAGCAGCUGAGAUUGUUUAUAAUGAUAUUGACAUGAUUGAAUUACGUAAAGAAUUUGAAAUGUGGGUGAAUAGUAAAAAUACUAGUGAUACUGAUUCUAAAUCAACUUUAUUUUCCCAAUCUAAUAUUGGAACUACAUUAUGGGAAUAUCGUCGAAAUAAAUGGUUAAUUUGUAAUGAUCCAGAAAAAUUUGAAACUCGACUUCAAGAAACUUCUAUAUCUCAUAUUCCAAAAGAAUCAUAUGCUAAGAUUUAUACUAAUUUAAUUGAAAAGAAUAAAACCCUUAAAAAUAAUAAACAUAUUAAUUUACUGGAUUUAGUAAAAAUAAUAAAUGCUGGAUGGAUAGCUGAAGAGAAAUGGGAUAGAGCAGCUCGAGGAUUACCAUGA